AGCAAACCAAAACAAACCUAUUGAAAACACUCAAAACUAGGCCAUGGCCACCAUCCCCCACUUCACAUUCAUAUUACAUCAUAUUAUUACUUCAUCUCCACUGUCCUUCGAUUCAAACUGAUCAAACAUGUCUGACCUUAACUUUCACCUCCUCCUCCUCCUCCAAUUUUCUCUCUUCUUCACCAACCAUGUCCAAGCCCUCACUUCACCUUCAGACAUCUCAGCUCUCAAGGCCUUCAAAGCCUCAAUCAAACCCUCCUCCAUUCCCUCCUGGUCUUGCCUAGCCUCAUGGGACUUCACCACUGACCCAUGCACCCUCCCCCACCGAAUCCACUUCACUUGCGGCGUCACCUGCUCACCCGACUCCACCCGGGUCACCCAGAUCACACUCGACCCGACCGGCUACUCCGGUACCCUCACCCCACAAAUUUCUCAGCUCACUCAUCUCUCCACUCUCGACCUCUCCGAUAACUCCUUCUUCGGUCCAAUCCCAUCCUCCAUUUCCUCCCUCUUCUACCUCCAAACCUUGACUCUCCGUUCCAACUCGUUCUCCGGCUCCCUCACUCCAUCCAUCACCAAGCUCAAGUCUUUAGAAUCCCUAGACAUUUCCCACAAUUCCUUAACAGGGUUUCUCCCAAACUCCUUGAGUUCUUUAUCCAACUUGAGAAGACUCGAUCUCAGCUACAAUAAGAUCACCGGAUCACUCCCAAGACUUCCACCGAAACUACUAGAACUCGCUUUGAAGCGCAACGCGCUAUCUGGGCCCUUAUCGAAAUCGUCUUUCGACGGGUUGACUCAGUUGGAGGUGGUCGAGCUCAGCGAGAACUCGCUCUCCGGGACCUUACAGUCGUGGUUCUUUCUCAUCCCGUCACUGCAACAAGUUGACCUAGCCAAUAACCACCUGACAGGUGUCGAGAUCGCGAGGCCCAGCUCCGGCAGAGGUGGCGAGCUCGUGGCCGUCGACUUGGGCUUCAACAGAAUCGAAGGCUACGCGCCCGCGAAUUUCGCGGCAUUUCCGAGACUGUCGUCGCUGUCGGUUCGUUACAACAGGCUACGUGGCAAGAUCCCAGUGGAGUACGGGAAGAACAAGUCGUUGAAGCGGUUGUACUUGGACGGUAACUUUCUAAACGGACAGCCGCCGCCGGCGUUGUUAGCCGGAAGUUCAGGAAUCUCCGGCAGUUUGGGGGAUAAUUGUCUACAGGGGUGUCCAGCUUCAGCUCAGCUGUGCCUUCCGUCGCAGAAAUCAAACGCUAUAUGCAAGCAAGCCUAUGGCGGUGGAAGAGGAAGACCAACGUCUUGAAGCGUCGGCUUGUCGGUCAAAUUAUUAUUAUUAUUUUUUCUGAAGUUAUUGUUAAAAAAAAUAGUCCUAAUAAAACAAAUGUAUGCUGCUUAUUAUUAAGCAAUUUGUAAUAUAAAUUAUACAUUAGAAAUUUUAAGAUUGUUGGGA